CGUUCCCCGAACACAGGCUUGGUUUGACGUGAGUGGCUGCAAUUGCCUUGUCCCCAUCCGCAUCCCUGUAAAGUUUGCCUCGUGUUGUUGCGGGGACCCUCUCCACCGUCGAUCGAACCCGAUGCUAGCCAUGGAGGCGAUGCGCUGGGCAGGCCACGAGACGAGUAUAUUAAGACCCGACGGAUCUCGGGACAUGCGAAGUUAGGUGGCCUUCUCUUGCCCCUUUGUGCAACUUCAUUCCAACCUUCUCUCUGGCAUACAUCGUGUGAAGCAAUCGCAACGAUGUAUCAAGUCGGAAACAUAUAUGUGAUCGCGGCCGUCGCCGUUAUCGGCGGCGGUCUGUUUGGUUUCGACAUCUCGUCGAUGAGUGCAAUCCUCGGCACUCAGGCGUACAAAUGCUACUUCAACCAAGGCGGCGUGCAUGACAAUAAAUGCGCCGGUCCCAGGGCCGGCACUCAGGGAGGCAUCACUGCAGCCAUGCCCGCCGGCUCCUGGCUCGGUGCCCUCAUCUCUGGCUACCUUUCCGACAAACUCGGGCGAAAGAAGUCCAUCAUGAUCGGGUGUGUCAUCUGGGUCAUCGGUUCAACCAUCAUCUGCGCCUCGCAAAACAUUGGCAUGCUCGUUGCUGGCCGCGUCAUCAACGGACUUUGUGUUGGUAUUGAGUCGGCGCAGGUGCCCGUCUACAUCUCCGAGAUCGCGCCUCCCACACGCAGAGGUCGGCUCGUCGGUCUCCAGCAGUGGGCCAUCACCUGGGGCAUCCUCAUCCUCUACUACAUCUCCUACGGCACCUCCUUCAUCGGCCAAGACAACUAUUCUGGCUACAGGACGGCCGUCUUCCGCAUCCCAUGGGGUCUCCAGAUGAUCCCGGCCAUCAUGCUCUUCUUCUUCAUGAUCUUCCUCCCGGAGUCUCCUCGAUGGCUUGCACGACAAGACCGCUGGGAAGAGUGCCACAAGGUGCUCACACUCGUGCACGGCAAGGGCGACCCGGACAGCCCGUUUGUGCUCUACGAGCUCAACGACAUCCGCGAAAUGUGCCUGUUCGAGGCGCGCAACAAGGACGUCACGUACUGGGAGCUGUUCAAGCCCAACAUGAUCAACCGCACGCACAUCGGCAUCUUCACCCAGAUCUGGUCGCAGCUGACCGGCAUGAACGUCAUGAUGUACUACAUCACCUACGUCUUCGCCAUGGCCGGGUACAGCGGGAACGCCAACCUGCUCGCCUCCUCCAUCCAGUACAUCAUCAACGUCUUCAUGACCGUCCCCGCCCUGAUUUGGCUGGACCGCUGGGGCCGCCGCAAGCCCCUCGUCAUCGGCGCCUUCUUCAUGAUGAUCUGGAUGUUUGCCAACGCGGGGCUGUUGGGCGGCUACGGCACCGUCGUCCCCGGUGGCAUCAACCAUGUCGCCGAGGAGUCGAUGAGCGUUAGUGGCGCGCCGGCGCAGGGCCUCAUUGCCUGCACCUACCUCUUCGUUGCCUCUUACGCACCAACCUGGGGCCCGGUGAGCUGGGUCUAUCCACCCGAGCUUUACCCCUUGAGGGUACGAGGCAAGGCCGUUGCGCUCGCGACAAGUUUCAACUGGAUCUUCAACACUGCCCUCGGCGCCUUCGUGCCCCCGGCGUUUGCAACGAUCCGCUACAAGGUGUACAUCAUCUUCGGCAUCUUCAACUUGUGCAUGAUGAUCCACGCCUUCUUCUUGUUCCCCGAGACGGCGGGCAAGACGCUGGAAGAGACGGAGAAGAUGUUUGAGGACCCGAACGGCAUUCGACUGAUUGGUACCCCGGCGUGGAAGACCAAGGUUCAAUAUCAACACAUGGCGCAGAUGGAGCAUGGUGCCGUGCCGCAGGAGAAGAUGGGUUCCGUCGCCGAGCACAACGAGUACUCGGGCGACGAGAAGGAGAAGGCUGAUGUUUGAGAGUCGAUAUAGACUCGGCUGUGAGGCAGGCCACGAUACUACUCUUUGUUACUUCUCGUACUCUAGCAGACUGUUAUUCGAGCGACAUGAAUGUCUUGAUACAAUACCGCGA